GCUCGCUUCAGAAAAAAGCGACAACGUUCUCGUCCCGCUCGCCUUUUUCGUGUGUGUCUGUCUAUCGAGCCGUUUUUCGUUGCGUUGUGUUUUUCGGUCAGCGUUAGUUUCACCCGUGAGUGCAUUGUGAAUAAGUAGCAAUAUCGGCAACGGCACAGCCUACACUAAACCUAAUGAACGGUGUCUAUGUGAUGUCUGUUUUAGCUGCGUGUGUCAUCAUCAUCGUCGCCCCGUAAUUGCAGUGCAGUUUGUGGAGAAGAAAAAAAAAAUAAUUUAAAAAUAAGUUAUCCUUAGUAGGCCCCCGUCACCGAUUUGCUGGAAGUGCGUGUGUGAGUGUGCGUCUGUGUUAGUGGUGUUGUUUGUGUGAAACACACGUGCGUAGAUGCGUGCGUUUUUUUAAAUUGUGAAGCACAAGAAGAAGAAGCAACAACAUCGGCGAAGGGAAAGGGUGAAUUCUUCCCAAAACGGAAAGUGCGUUCAAGUGAAAGAAUGCAUUUUUAGUGUGUUAGUAGAUUGUUCCGUGUGCGCUAGUGUAUGUGUACGAAUGUUUACCGUGAAAUAGUGCGUGAGCUUUGUUGUGGUUCGGUGCCCAUCACGGUGUUGCUCGCGUCCAUGAAGCGACGGUGAUCGUCGAUCCGGUACAACCCAGCUGCAGUAAGGUUUCGGCGCCAGUGAUUUAAGGCUAUCGGCGGAAGCCCCUAUCAUAAGCCGUGCGUUUGUACAAUCGUAUCUAAGAAAAUCAACCAAAUCCGUUGUUUUGAUCCGCAUCCGGAACGAAGUACGGUGCCGUGUACGGGGUACCGUGGGAUAAGAAAGAAAGAAAGCAGCAGCGAUCAGCAGAGCGGGGUGCGGAGCAGAGUGCCACAAGAUUCACAUACUGAACGCAUAUACAUAUAGCUGGAAGGACCUCGCCACAGCCACAAAAUGGAAGCCGUCGCAAAGCAUGACUUUAACGCCACAGCGGAUGAUGAGCUGAGCUUCAGAAAGAGCCAAGUUUUAAAGAUUUUAAAUAUGGAAGACGACAUGAACUGGUACCGGGCAGAGCUAGAUGGCAAGGAAGGACUGAUACCUAGCAAUUACAUAGAAAUGAAAAAUCACGACUGGUACUACGGGCGCAUCACACGGGCGGACGCGGAAAAGCUGCUAUCGAACAAACACGAGGGAGCCUUUCUGAUACGGAUCAGUGAAUCGAGCCCCGGUGACUUUAGCCUGUCGGUCAAGUGCUCCGACGGUGUGCAACACUUCAAAGUGCUGCGAGAUGCACAGGGCAAGUUCUUCCUCUGGGUGGUGAAGUUCAACUCACUGAACGAGCUGGUCGACUACCACCGUACCGCUAGCGUGUCUCGAUCGCAGGACGUUAAAUUGCGCGAUAUGGUGCCAGAAGAGAUGUUGGUGCAGGCUUUGUACGACUUCGUAGCGCAAGAAUCCGGCGAACUGGACUUCCGACGAGGGGACGUCAUCACGGUGACGGAUCGUUCCGACGAGCAUUGGUGGAAUGGCGAGAUCGGCAACCGGAAAGGACUGUUUCCAGCAAUAUACGUAGCACCGUACCAUUCAUAAAAGUAUAAGUAUUUUACUCGCCUCCUGGCAAACCGACAUCGUACAUGCAUAUAUACCCUCACAUACACAUGCCAACCGUGUGCGGGAACCAUCAACGCAAAUUCGAUAUGCAAACCCCCGGGCGAACGAAGAAUCACACAUCAAACCCCGAAUGCGCCACCACCAAUGCGCUCAGUUUUAUAGUGCAGUUUAUACACGUUUGAAAGUAAACCCAGAAAAGGCAAACCGUUCGUGCAGAAUGAUUAUUGAAAGUAGCAAGACGAAGAAGAAGACGGGGGUCGGUUGGCGGCACCCGAUUGCCGACCACUUCCGGCUGGCCAGACUCUUUGCAACGCGGCGUAAGAUCGGCAGGGACAAUUGUAACAAUUCGAAAAGCGGAAAAUCGAACAGCUGUAUCCUUCCGUUCUGUCUAUCCCUCUCUCUCUCUACACUUACUCAACAUAACACCAUCAUUAUUUUACACGAGGCUGACAUUCGGACAGGAAUCACGCCGGCCACCCCAAAAUGGAACAUGUCUCCCCGCUAUAUAAAUAUUAUAUAUAUUUUUUAAAUGUGUAGCAAAAGGCUUGAGAACGGCAAAAGGCAAAAGGAAACACGCGAACGUACGCUCUGAACCGAAACCGAACGCAAUAGAAAACGUGCCAGGUAGAUGGAGAAACGAUUCGAAAUAUGAGCAAGGAAGGUAGUGUGGUGUAAUAUGCUAGUUGUAGAAAUCGGGCUAAUAUUGAGCGUUAAAAGUUAGGAUUACGGAUACCGGAAGCGAAGCGUUAGAAAUCUGUGUACCACCACAUCUCAUAAUAUCACGCAAAAUCAAAACGAGAUCAAAAUUCUACGCGAUUCGAACCUCGACUCGAAGAUGCGACAGAUGGAAUGUAAUAUUUUAUUGUUAGCAGUAGAAGUCGUUUGCCGUCGUUUGUGCGGGCGCCCAUAUUUCGAUCUGAAUCAACACCAUUGCGAAAACUCGUUCUCUCAUGCUUUUGGAUGCUUGGUGUAGAGGACACCUCCUGUUUUUGAACCCCUGUACCUUGUACGAUUUUUUUUUUUUUUGGAACUGCUCCUUUUGAUGAUGUUUUAAAGUCACAUGCCACGUGCUGUGUUGCUGGCCCACAGUCAAUUUUACACUCGCGGAACAGCUCUGGACUGAGGUCAGACUGGGGCGGUCUGGUGGGCGAGGUGAUAACGGCGCCGGUCUUCAUACGGCAGGACCGGUGUUCACAUCCCAUCCAGACCAGACCUCCUGCCUCCCCGUACGCAGGGUUGACUACUUUGCUACAGGUAAAGCCAAGUCAUAGGAAGCCAGAAAUGGCGGGUCCGGGACCUCUCGAGGCUAUAUUGCCAAUAUUGUACCUCCACCAUGGAUUUUUUUUAUAUGGGUUACUGCGGAUACAGAAUGGAAACGCGUGGGGAAGGUUGGCAAACAUAAAUCACAAUGCUAGGAAGAAAGCAUCCAAUUUACACGGUUCGUCAACCGGGGGCGGACUGAUCGCAAGCGUAUUUGCCAAACAGAGACGAUCAGGUUUUUGAAACUUUAGUUAAACUUAACACAAAACUACACAAUAUCCUUCCCAUAGAAGGGAAGUAGGCGUACGUACUCUCUCUUGGCUGGCGGGUGGUGGCGACUGAAGCACGGCGGCGGCGGCGGCCGGCGAAUCGGCGGAAGAAUAAAUGAAACCUCAAGCGAACCCCAUUUGUAUAAAGCAUAAGGUAAAACAAGAGAACAUAACAGCGCAUUUCUUCAGACAAGUGACAUAAUAAAAAGUUGAAAGAAGAACUCAAAAAUCAUACAACAAACCGAGCAUACCAGCCGGCGGCCACCACAGAACCUCGACGGAGCGCAAUGGAACGCGAAACAUGAGAGCGUAUCCCUGCAAACGGAUACGGAUGGCAAAAGGAUCGUACGUAUGUAUGAAUGUGUGUAUGUGUGUGUGUACGUGUGUCUCUUUUCGGGAUGCGCGAGACCAUAUACUAUCUAAUUAGCGAGGCCACAAAAAGAAACACACAACAAACGCUUGGAAGAAAAGAGGUAGAAAGAGGGCGAUGCUCGUAGCAGAGAGUGGGAGGGUAAGGGAAGGACGGAGGGACGGACUGACGAACCGGAAAAAAAACUAGUGGAGAAAGGUAGUAGUGAACAUGGAGGAGGAGGAGGAGGAGGAGGA